GUUUCUGUGUAGCACCACUCUGCCGAGUACUUCCUGUAACAAGCGGAAGUGAAUGUAGUCUAUGUACAUGGAGGUGACCCGACGGGAUAUUAUCGGAUAAUUUUGUUAAAUUUGGGCUGCGGGGACUGACCGGGUUUUAAUAGAGGGGUUUGAACAUAACUGGUGCGAUGGGAGCUCAUCUUGUGAGGCGGUAUGUUACCGAAACCGACACCGAACCGGACCCUGCGAAGAAGUUUGAGUUCGACCCUACGUUAGGUUUUCCCGACAGGAAGGAGAGAGAGAUGGUUGCGACCCAGGAGCAGAUGAACUUGGCCCAGCUGCCCCUGGAGCAGCGCGACUACUGCGCUCAUCACCUUCUGAAACUCAUGAAAUGUAAGAGGGACAACUGGCCCAACUUCCUCGCCUGUAAGCAUGAGAGGCACGACUGGGACUACUGUGAACACCAGGACUACGUGAUGCGUAUGAAGGAGUACGAGAGGGAGAGGAGGCUCCAGCUGCGGAAGAAGAGAAUCGAAGCUAACGCUGAAGCUGCAUAAUUCAUGCCAACUUUGCUUCCUUGUAUAUAAACGGGCAGUUUCUCCCAUUAAAAACAACAUUCUGUAUCCUCUA